AUGGAGGACGCAGCACGACAGGGGUGUCCCGGUCCUAAUCCCAGAGGCCCACUCUCAUACCUUGCAAGCCGCCGCGGUGGUGACAUCAAGCCUACUAAAAUCCGGAACUCUCUGGUAUUGGCGGACACCACGUGUACUAAAGCUCCCAACCAAGACACUGCUGAUACCAUCACUAGACUGGAUCUCCUCUUCGCAAGGUUCUGGAGCAUGCUGAGCGAGCAGAUACAUUCAUCUGCACACCAAGUGCUGACAAGCAGUUCCAAUAGGCGUCCGUCACCCAGCACCAUGAGGAUGAGAGCGACAGCAAUCCCUGCAAGAGCCAGGAUCAAACUGAGGAAGAAAGCAUCCAAACAUGCCUGGGCCCAAAGGCUCUACACCCGGGACUAUGCGCAACAAAAAGCAAUCAACCACAGCUUACACUACCUCAAGGCUUAA